AGUGUGAGCGCGUGGGAGCGUGGAGGCCGCGAGGGAGGGAGGAGCUGGCGCUGACACUCCGGGGAAGGGAGGGAGGCGCGAGCGAGUCGGGCUCCGCUUCCCCAGCCCGCGGCGGCGGCGAGCAGCAGUGCGGCCGCGCCCAAGUCCGAAGCCAGCAGCCUGAGCUCCAGCAACUGAGCUCCAGCUCCAGCUCCAGAGGAUGGAGGAUUCCCGGGAGACCUCGCCGUCUUCUACCAACUCCUCAGAGGAACUCAGCUCUGCCAUGCAGUUGUCCAAGGGCAUGUCCAUCUUCCUCGACAUACUGAGGAGAGCAGACAAAAAUGAUGAUGGAAAAUUGUCCUUUGAGGAAUUCAAAGCAUAUUUUGCAGAUGGUGUUCUGAGUGGAGAAGAAUUACAUGAGCUCUUCCAUACCAUCGAUACACAUAAUACCAACAAUCUUGACACAGAAGAACUAUGUGAAUAUUUUUCUCAGCACUUGGGCGAAUAUGAGCAUGUCCUGGCGGCACUUGAAGACCUAAAUCUUUCCAUCCUGAAGGCAAUGAGUAAAACAAAAAAAGACUACCAAGAGGCCUCCAAUUUGGAACAGUUUGUCACUCGAUUUUUAUUGAAGGAGACCUUAAAUCAGCUGCAGUCGCUUCAGAAUUCUCUGGAAUGUGCUAUGGAAACUACUGAGGAGCAAACCCGCCAAGAAAGGCAAGGACCAAGCAAACCAGAAGUCCUAUCGAUUCAAUGGCCAGGAAAACGAUCCAAUCGUCGAGUCCAGAGACACAACAGCUUCUCCCCCAACAGCCCACAAUUCACCAUAAGUGGUCCAGGCCUGUUAGAAGAAGAUAACCACUGGAUGACCCAGAUAAAUAGACUCCAGAAACUGAUUGAUAGACUGGAAAAGAAGGAGCUCAAGCUUGAACCACUGGAAGAAGAAGUAAUUGAUGGGAAUACUAAGUCUCACAUCAUGCUCGUACAGCGUCAGAUGUCUGUGAUAGAAGAAGACUUGGAAGAAUUCCAGCUUGCUCUGAAACACUAUGUGGAGAGUGCUUCUUCCCAGAGAGGGUGCUUGCGUAUUUCUAUACAGAAGCUUUCCAAUGAAUCUCGCUACAUGAUUUAUGAGUUCUGGGAAAAUAGUAGUGUGUGGAAUAGCCACCUUCAAAUGAAUUACAGCAAGACAUUCCAAAGAAGUAAUGUGGAUUUCUUGGAAACUCCAGAACUCACAUCUACUAUGCUAGUUCCUGCUUCAUGGUGGAUUCUGAACAAUAACUAGAUGUUCGUAAGCAUCAUCUUCAUGGUUUCAAGUACAAAACCAGUGUUCUUGUCUAAAGUGUGAGUUAGAAAAUUCACUGUAGCUAUUAAUAUACUCUAUACUUUAAGAUGUAUAUUCUUUAAAAAUGUGUUCUGUAACAUCCAUGUGAAUUUCAGCCCAGUUUUCUAAGUUCAUUCAUUUGCUGCUGUUUUGCUACAUUGUUAUCUAAAAUCACUUAGUGGUAAGUCCUAACAUGUGUCAAGUAUUCACAUAAAUGAAUGAAAUAGUUAAAAAAAUAAUACUUAAAAGUAGGCAAUUUUAGAAUACUACUACUUAAUAGGACAGUUUUUAUAGAUUUAUCAUAGAUGGUGAAUUAGUGUUUUGUGACAUUAAUUUUCUGUGAAGUUUAUUCUCUAGUAAUGCCUAUUUCAUUGCUAAGUCAUAAUCCUACAUUACUGUAAAAUUUGAUACACAGACAACUGACUGUAUAGACUCUAUUGUCAGGUUACAAAUCUAUUUUCAGUUCUCUGAAAGGGGACUGAUUACUAAUGUAACACAAUUACAUAUUAGCAUUAUUUUGUUUAUAAAUUUAAUCAAAAAAGGAAAGUUUAGCUUUGAUAAAAUGUGUUCAGGGUUUUUAAAUGAAGGCAUGUGCAUUUUUUUCCAUACAGAGCUUUGUGCAUGGUCAGUUUCACUACUCCAAAACUGACUUUCAUUCUAAUAGACAGGGAGAGAUACCACAGAGCUGGAACAUGUAAAUGCCCUACAGUAAGUCAACUCUUGGUCCCCUCAAGAUACUUGUAAAACAUUUUCAACCUGGUAUACAAACAAGUACAAAAUUUUAGGAAGUGAUAAAAAAAUAGGUAAGGUAGAGAAUACAGUCUCAACUGCAGCCAGGCACUAACUGUACCUUCUGUGUGCUCAUAAAUUGUUACCCUGUAGUCCAAUAUUUUUUUUUGAAACCAGGGUCUUCCAGGAAAUAAAAUAUAAUUAAUUUAUUUAAUUUAAAUGUGAUCUAAAAAGUUGUAUCAAAUUAUAGAAUACUAGAUUAUCAAUAGUACUGUACAUACAUUAUCAGCUCUCAUAGCUAUUUGAAAUGGAGAGCAAAUUUUAGCAUAUAGCAUAGCAUACGUGACUGGUCAUUUCUGAAGAUAAAAAAUUUUGAAAUAGAUCAUAUGGCCUCAGCAAUAGUACUAGGUAGAGAGGCUCUGUAGAAUACAAGUUGGAAUGGGGCCUACCUACCAUGUUUCUAAGUAGAAAGUAUCAAAGAUACUUGAAAUAAAGAGCCAAUUUAAUUACAUGGUUAAUUCUAACCUCACUCCAUAUACAAAUACAGAAAUUUCAUAGUAUAAAGGAAAAACAUGAAAAAAUCAGUUUUAUGCAAAUACCUCAGUUCAAAGUAACCAAUAAACUUGUGGUUUUUUUCUACUUAAAAAUAAAUCCAUUUUUUGGCGCCCGGGGGGGGGGGGGGACAAUGGGACAGUAAUUAAAGCUAGGUACUAAAAGAACUAAUGCUUAACACUCUGGGUCAUGAACCCAAAAACCAGCAGGAAAAAGGUAGUAGAAUGUAGUUCAGGAUUCAGUUAAAGAUAAACUUUCUGCCAAAAGAUGCCUUGCCAGUAGAUCACAAAGAGUUUACAAUAAGGAGAGUAAACUUACCUUUUUAUUUGCAAUUGUUGUUUACACUACUGAAAGAAACUCAUUUUUCAAUAGGGUGAUAUACUAACAUCUGAAGGAGUUAAAUUUAGAUGACAAAAUUCAUUUGUAUAUGUUAUAAAAGAUUGUAGAAUUGAAAGUUAAUGAACCUCAAUUAUUUGCCAAUGUAUAAAUUUUCCUUUUGGGCAUAAAAAUACCAGCUUAUUUUGUAAUUGCUCAACUUCCGUUUAUAUGGUCCUAUUUGUGACACAAAUAGCAUCUAUUUCAUUGACCACUACUGUUCCCAGCUGUCUGUUAGUAAUUAUGAAUCUGAGACAGUUAAAUUAUAAAAACCUAAAUUAUAUUAGAAAAGAAAUGUCUUUUAAAAUAUUUUCCCUUCUGUCAUUGAGAUCCAUGAACAGACCAACCUGAGUCAUUCAUUCUAAGCCACGGAAGACUAAAAAUUCCCUUAAGCCUUGAUGGGUAACAGAUUAAAAGCAACAAGAAGUUACGUAUGCAUUGUAGCAAAUAUUUUAUAUUUGAGAAUCUUUACAGCUUACAUUUCCAUUCCAUUAUUACAGGUGAUGAAAAAUACAUUGCAAGUAGCAUGCAAAUUAUAAAUUCAGUCUUCCACUAACCAAAUUCUUACUUUCCAGUGUUACUUCCCAAUUUAUGCAGGAAAUUGCCUGCAAAGCUGAAACUGAUUAGAGAAUUAGAGAAUUCUUUAUACUUUAAAAUAUCUCAUUUUAGGAGAAACCAAAUACCCAACCAUUAAAAUUAAAAAUAAAUUGUCACAGUCAUUGUCACUAGAUCCACUUCAUUUGCAGGUGUCCAAAAUAUAAAAUGAAUAUUCUUUAUUUUCAAAUCCAUCUGUUCUUAAAAUGCUACUUAAAACUUUGGUUGUUUUCCUGCAAUAUAGAAAAAAAAUUGAUUAAACAAUUUUUCUAGUUAGUUUACCAAAUAACUACUGUGACUCUAAAGUGUUUACAGACCUAAAUGCAUGUUACUAUGUAAGUUAUUAACAGGAACUUGUCAAGUACUAAUUUUUAAAUAUAUUGUAUUCCAAACAGUUGGUCUUUUUUUUGUGUGUGGUAGCUUGAUGCAUAAAUCAAAAGUAAAUUCUAAUGUUCAUAACAUGUAUGUCAAAUUAACAAAAUAAAACAUCAGAUGUGGAAAGUUUA